GGCCCCGUUUAUGACGUGUAUUCUAGUCGCUAGGUUUUAGCGAUUGUUGGGGUCAGGUCCGUGGGUUUUUGGAGGGCAGUUCGUCAUGGCCCUGAGGGUGAUCCGGCUGGUCAUCCCGUCGGGAACAACUGCUUUCAAAGCAGUGAAUGCUGUACAUAAGGCAGGUGUUCACACAAGCUCAGUGAGGAGCUUGCGCUACGGCUGGUGGUCCUACAUGCUGGGCGAGAGGACGACGCCACGGUUGAAGCAGUACAGCAAGAUCUUCUCUGUAGAUGGCAACUUGGCUUCAGGCAAAGGAGCACUGGCCCAAAAACUGGCUGACAAGCUGGGGAUGCUCUACAUGCCUGAGGCUGACACCUUCUACUUGGACAGAAUGAUUGGGGAGAAAGUGCCACUUCCUGUUGACUACAAUGGAAUGUGUAGCCUGGAGAAGUUCUACACAGACCCCACAGCUGCUGAUGGGAACAGCUACAGGCUCCAGCUGUGGAUGUACACCAUGAGGCUGCUUCAGUACGCCGAUGCUAUUGAACACCUGCUCACCACAGGCCAAGGAGUUAUCCUUGAGCGGUCGCCCUACAGUGACAUGGUCUUCCUGGAAGCCAUGUUCAAACAGGGCUACAUCAGGAAGCAAUGUGUGGAGAACUACAACGAGAUUAAGGGCAUUAGCCUCUGCGAGUUCCUGCCUCCACACCUCGUCAUAUAUGUGGACCAGGCAGCUGAGGAGGUGCAUAGGAAGCUGAAACAAAGUGGCAAGUCCUACCUUCAGAACGUGCCUCUGGCGUAUCUAAAGAGUAUUGAGGAAGGCUACAAGAAGACAUUUUUUCCAGAAGUCCGUGAAACAUCAGAACUGCUUGUUUAUGAUGCAACCCAAGCCCAAGAUAUCGAUAGGGUGGCUGAAGACAUUGAAUAUUUGAAGUUUGAAAAGGGGCCAUGGUUGGAGCAGGAUGACGUCUCCUAUCACCACAUGAGGAUGCUCGUUGAAGAUAAACACAAUGUGGCAACCCUGACCCACAUACCAAGGUUUCUGCCUGAGAUAACCAUCGGGGCACAUGACUAUGAUGAAAAGUUCUACGCCUAUAAAUCGCUUCCUGGAAAGAAGUACGCUCCUGGCUAUAACGCAGACAUCGGAGACAAAAACAUCUGGCUGAAGUGAAGGAGUCUAAAAGUCCAUCAUUAAUUCAAUCCCUGUCACCAGCUGCUCAGCUCGCUGCUCGCAGGCUGACCUCUGGACCACUCGUCUGUUAUUGAUCCAGGUGGCCUCUGUUGUACAUCCAAAAUAAUCUGUAUGUAUUAAAAAUAAUAAACUUUGAAUCUAGUGAAA